UGGUUCAAUGGCGUCCAACAAGGUUUCAUCUUCUGGAGACUGCAGUGAGAGAUGGACAGGCAAGAAGAACAAACUGUUUGAGGACGCGUUGGCUAUAUAUGAUAAGGAAAGCCCUGAUCGUUGGCGCAACAUAGCCAUACAUGUUGGUGUCACCAGUGAAGUUGAAGUCAAGAGGCAGUAUGAGAUUCUUUUGGAGGACAUCAAACAGAUUGAGUCAGGCAGGGUUCCAAUCCCUCUCUACAACAGACAUGCCGCAUGUAGCAGACCAAACUUCACCAGCUCAGAGCAGAGGUUGAGGAACUUGAAACUCUAAGUUAUUGAAGAAUGACCUCAUAAGAAGCGAUGAGAAUAGUUUUUCGGGUGGUCA